GCCUGCCCCGCCCAGGUCCCGCCUCCAGGCCCCGCCCCACAGCGCGGGAGCGCGCGCGCGCGUGCGAGAGGGGGCGGGUGGGGAAGCAGUGGCAGCAAAGCUCCCGGAGGCGAGGCUCGCACGCCCGCCCCCGCCCUGGCCCCAGCGCCCACCCGGUCGGCCCGGCCCAGCCAUGAUCAAGGCCAUCCUCAUCUUCAACAACCACGGGAAGCCGCGGCUCUCCAAGUUCUACCAGCCCUAUAGUGAAGAUACGCAACAGCAGAUCAUCAGGGAGACUUUCCAUUUGGUGUCGAAGCGAGAUGAGAAUGUGUGUAAUUUCCUAGAAGGAGGAUUAUUAAUCGGAGGCUCUGACAACAAGCUGAUUUAUAGACAUUAUGCAACACUAUAUUUUGUCUUCUGUGUGGAUUCCUCAGAAAGUGAACUUGGCAUUUUAGACCUAAUUCAAGUAUUUGUGGAAACAUUAGAUAAAUGUUUUGAAAAUGUCUGUGAACUGGAUUUAAUAUUCCAUGUAGACAAGGUUCACAAUAUUCUUGCAGAAAUGGUGAUGGGGGGAAUGGUAUUGGAGACCAACAUGAAUGAGAUUGUCACACAAAUUGAUGCACAAAAUAAACUGGAGAAAUCUGAGCACAUAGUUUACACUGGCCUAUUUUGUAUCAGUCAAGAUUUAUCUCAGGCUGGCUUAGCAGGAGCUCCAGCCCGUGCUGUAUCAGCUGUAAAGAAUAUGAAUCUUCCUGAGAUCCCAAGAAAUAUUAACAUUGGUGACAUCAGUAUAAAAGUGCCAAACCUGCCCUCUUUUAAAUAAAAUAUUAAAAAGGCCACUCCCAGGUAAAUCCAGAGGGAAAGUCAUCUAAGUUUACCAUGCAGUUGUUUACCAAAAAUAGAGGAGGAGAGUCUUAACUUUGCUCUUGGAUUUAAGUCAAGGUACUGUAUAGAAGCUGCAUAAAAUCAGUAUGGAAGUUCAAUGUUGCUUUUCUUGCUCAGUGAUUUUAAAGAAAUUGAGUGGUUCCAGUGUGAUUAUUUUUUCUUUUCUAAAUUGCAUUCCUAUGCCCACAUAAAGGCAUGCCUCUAUAUAUUGGCUAUUACAGUAUUUCGAAAAGUGAGAUGUUUCUUUAAUUAUGUACAACCCAAAAUGUUGAUGUUUUGUAUGGAUCACAAGUGCAGCGUUCUCUAAUUCUUUCUGCUGUUUGUCACAAUUGUUAUUUAAAGAACCAAGUAUGUAUUGCAUGAAAACAUGACCUUUUCCUUAGUUUAAAUAAACUCCAAGGUAGCUGGACUU